AUGAACGUCUUUGCGGACGAGGCUUCCGAGGAGCGCGGCGAGAACGCUCGCCUCUCGUCGUUCGUCGGCGCCAUGGCGCUCGGCGACCUCGUCAAGUCAACACUUGGACCUAAGGGAAUGAACAAGAUCCUUCAGUCGACGCACGACGGAAGCAUCACGGUGACCAACGACGGCGCGACGAUCCUCAAGGCCAUCACGCUUGACAACCCGGCCGCCAAGAUCCUCGUCAACAUUUCCAAGGUGCAGGACGACGAGGUCGGUGACGGGACGACCAGUGUGUGUGUCCUCGCGUCGGAGCUGCUUCGCGAGGCCGAGAAGCUCGUCACCGUCUCCAAGAUCCACCCCCAAACCGUGGUGGAGGGUUACCGCAUUGCGUCGCGGGCCGCGCUCGAGGCGCUCGCCAACAGUGCUGUGGACAACAAGGACGACGCGAUGCAGUUCCGUGAGGACCUGUUCAACAUUGCCCGCACGACACUCUCGUCAAAGGUCCUCAGCCAGGACAAGGACUACUUUGCCAACCUGGCCGUCGACGCUGUGCUCCGCCUCAAGGGCAGCAUUGACCUCGAGCACAUCCAGAUUAUCAAAAAGGUCGGCGGCAAGCUUACCGACUCGUACCUCGACGAGGGCUUUAUUCUUGACAAGCAGAUUGCCGUCAACUCUCCCAAGCGGAUAGAGAACGCCAAGAUCCUGAUUGCUAACACCUCCAUGGACACGGACAAGAUCAAGAUCUUUGGCGCCCGCGUGCGCGUCGACGGCACUGGCAAGCUCGCCGAGCUCGAGCGCGCCGAGCGCGACAAGAUGAAGGCCAAGGUCCAGUCGAUCGCGGCCCACGGCAUCACCUGCUUUGUCAACCGUCAACUCAUUUACAACUAUCCCGAGUCGCUGCUCGCCGAGCAGGGCAUCAUGUCGAUUGAGCACGCCGACUUUGAGGGUGUCGAGCGCCUUGCCCUCGUCACCGGUGGCGAGAUUGCGUCGACCUUUGAGGCCCCCGACAAGGUCAAGAUUGGCCGCUGCGACGUCAUCGAGGAGAUUAUGAUUGGCGAGGACAAGCUCAUCAAGUUCUCGGGCGUGGCGGCUGGCGAGGCAUGCACAGUCGUGCUGCGCGGCGCAACGAACCAGAUGGUGGAAGAGGCCGAGCGGUCGCUUCACGACGCGCUCUCAGUUCUCUCGCAGACGGUCAAGGAGACGCGCGUGACCCUCGGUGGUGGAUGCGCCGAGAUGCUGAUGGCCUGCGCGGUCGACGAGGUGGCGCGGACCGUCAGCGGCAAGCGUGCGCUCGCCGUUGAGGGAUUUGCUCGCGCCCUGCGCCAGAUGCCCACGAUCCUCGCCGACAAUGGCGGGUACGACUCUUCGGACCUGGUCGCCAAGCUGCGCGCGGCACACUACGAGGGCCGCGCUGACGCCGGCCUCGACAUGGACAACGGCGCGAUCGCGAGCAUGAAGGACCUCGGUGUGACCGAGAGCUACAAGCUCAAGCGCCAGGUUGUGGUCAGCGCCAGCGAGGCGAGCGAGAUGAUCCUCCGCGUCGACAACAUCUUGAGGGCGGCUCCCCGGCGGCGCGAGGCGCACUAG